CUAGACAAUACACAUCGCUGUUUCUAAGCUUCACCAAUUUCAUCGCGCAAUUGCUUGGGAAGAACUCUUGUUCGACGUUGCUCUACACAAAUUUCUCUCUGAGCUGCAACAAUGGCGACCGUUAUGCAGAAAAUUAAGGAUAUCGAAGAUGAGAUGGCAAGAACUCAGAAGAACAAAGCUACUGCUCAUCACUUGGGCUUGCUCAAGGCUAAACUUGCGAAGUUACGGAGGGAAAUCAUUGCGCCUUCAUCAAAAGGAGGUGGUGGUGCUGGUGAAGGUUUUGAUGUCACCAAAAGUGGGGAUGCAAGGGUUGGUUUGGUUGGUUUCCCUUCCGUCGGAAAAUCUACAUUGCUCAAUAAAUUGACUGGUACUUUUUCAGAGGUUGCUUCAUAUGAAUUCACUACUCUAACUUGCAUACCGGGUGUAAUUGGGUAUAGAGGAGCUAAAAUUCAGUUACUUGAUCUUCCUGGUAUUAUUGAGGGUGCUAAGGACGGAAAGGGAAGAGGAAGACAGGUUAUCAGCACGGCCAGGACAUGCAAUUGCAUUAUAAUUGUUCUUGAUGCAAUAAAGCCUAUUACACACAAACGUCUAAUAGAGAAAGAGCUAGAGGGAUUUGGCAUCAGGUUGAACAAGGAGCCUCCUAAUCUGUCGUUCAGGAAGAAAGACAAGGGUGGGUUAAAUUUAACUUCAACUGUAACUACUACCCAUCUGGACCUUGACACGGUGAAGGCUAUCUGUAGUGAGUACAGAAUCCAUAAUGCUGAUAUCACUCUUAAAUACGAUGCAACUGCUGAUGAUCUCAUAGAUGUAAUUGAGGGUAGUAGAAUAUACAUGCCUUGUAUCUAUGCUGUUAACAAAAUCGAUCAAAUCACUGUCGAAGAGCUGGAGAUUCUGGACAGACUUCCUCACUACUGCCCUGUCAGUGCUCAUCUUGAAUGGAACCUUGACGGUUUACUAGACAAGGUAUGGGAGUAUCUUGAUUUAACUCGCAUCUACACGAAGCCCAAAGGAAUGAAUCCAGAUUAUGAAGAUCCCGUAAUUCUAUCAUCUAAAAGAAGAACCGUUGAGGAUUUUUGCAGCCGUAUCCACAAAGAUAUGCUGAAGCAAUUCAAGUAUGCCUUGGUUUGGGGAUCAAGCGUCAAGCACAAGCCUCAACGAGUGGGAAAGGAACACGAGCUUGAAGAUGAAGAUGUUGUUCAGAUCAUUAAAAAGGUGUGAUCCUUGAAUUGUUUAUAGCUUCCCAACUUAUCGGGAACCCUUGGGUGCGAAUGCCUUCACAGUCUCGAGUUUAGCUUUCAACAACGACAUGUCACAUCCAAAGCUUUUUGUUAGGCUACAGUGUUUUAUUGGUGAUACUAGUACUACAAUCAGUCAGAGCUUUGAACAAUACGUAGUAGGAAUUGAGCUUGAUAUGUAAUUGUGCCGUUUUUUAGUCAAGCUGAGAUCGGUCAUUUUCUUGUUUUCUUUAAUAGAUUAUAACCAUUUCGAGUGUUAAAAUGAAUGUUCUUAGAUCAAACCUAACUAGCAUUUGUUAGAUUGAACAUCCAAGUAAAAGUAAAUUGUGGAAGACCGAGUCUUCAUGUAUAAGUGUUUUUCUUUUUCUUUUUAGUCUACUUUGUUUAUGAGAAUUGUGCUGAUGAAAUUUGGGACAUUUUUCUACAUCAUUGGUUCGUUUCUUGUAUGUUUAUGAACUUUAAAAUGUGUGUAAUAUAGAUCGUUUCACUUCAA